AUGUGCCCUCCCGCAGAGACAGAAGCCUGUUCUGAUUGCUCAGAUCGUGAAUUCCGGGAAGCCGAGUACGAUGGCAUUGAGGUCAAAGAGGUCAUGUCAUCGUCUGAUGAUUGUCAGAUCGUGUUGACUCGCAAUCGCAUUCGCUUCAUUCUGGUACUGGUGCGGCCUACAGACCCAACUGACGGCGAUAUCAUGGCGAAGUGGUUUCAGAAGAUUGAAGAAGCUGAGACGGAUGCUGACGAGAUGGCGUACGAGACAUGCUUGGAAGAUCUUCGAGAAUCUGCCAUAUCUGUUUGCAGAGACGUGAUAUAUGCACUCUCGUCUUCGGUGCCAGUAUCAGAAGAGGAAGCACAGUCUCUCGAAGACUUUCUUUAUCCGAUGACUUUCUACUUGCAAGUUGUCUCGGAGCAAGGGUCUUUACAAGCGCGCAGAAUUGACGACACAGCGGAGUACGCCAAUUUGUAUGAACCUGUCAAACUACCCCGGAUCUUUUCGUUACGACCAGCCUUAGCCCUUACAUCAGCAUCAGAUCUGGAAUUCAUCGAGGACCUCUACAUGGGACAAGUGCUCAAAGUCUCUCAGAAUGGCAAAUUGUUGAGAGAAAUCCAGAUUUUGCAACGAAUAUCUGAACAAUGGGACCCAGAUGACCCGGCUCGCCCUGCUGUACCUCGACUCUUGAGCUUGGUUGGAAGCCACGAACAAGUGAUAGGCCUUUUAGAGGACUUUAUCGAUGGUGACAAGCUAAGUGAGCUUGACAUAAACGAAAUAUCCGUGGCACAGCGACAGGAAUGGAAGCAACAGAUCGAACAGAACAUGACACUUCUACAUCAGCAUUCCUUCAUCUGGGGAGAUGUGAAGGCGGACAAUAUAUUGGUCGACAAACACCAACAACCAUGGUUGAUAGAUUUUGGAGGCAGCUGCACGCAAGGCUGGGUUGAUGAGCAUCUGGCAGAGACGACAGAAGGGGAUUUGCAGGGUCUACGCCGCUUAUCAGACUACUUGGGGGUCCAACGUUAG